AUGUCCUUGGUUUUAGCUAUAUCAUAUAUUGUUGGGAUGUUGAUGGUGAUGAGUACCUUUUCAUAUUUCUGGCGAAGACGGAAAAAUGACCCACCAGUUGACGAGGUCUUGCUCAAAGGCGCGUUAUUAUAUCGUGCUGUAAUGGACUUGCAACAGCUGACGACGCUGCGUAACGAUAAACAAGCGCUCGCCACCCUGCUACAAAAAGGAGCAGUUGGCGACGAUCUAUGGACGUCCCUUAUAGAGGCUGAAAACGAACUUGGUCAAGAGUUCAGGGAUUUAGUUGCAGAAGCGAACACCUUCGGCGAUGACUGGGGUCAAUACAUAUUUUCUAAUGCUAAUGAAGUGUUACAGCAUCAAAAACUUAAAGAUCUAAAAACCGAGAUGAAAGAAGAAGGCUAG